UCGUGUUGCUCCUGUCAUUGCGCUUCAGGCUUCUCUACCUUCCUCGAGAGAGAGGAAACGUUUUCGGCGCUUUCGGGGUUGGCCGUGACGCAUCGAUCACCAGCAGCAGCAGCCCGAUGGCGGCACAAGUGGUAGUACCGCCCGUGCAGGGCAAGGCAGAGAUGGCUCUGGACGCGGCCCGCGUGUACGCGGAGGAGGAGGCCAAGCGGAAGAGGCUGGAGUGCCGCUUCUACGAGGCGCAGUACCCCGAGAUCGAGGAGGUGGUGAUGGUCAAUGUGCGCAACAUCGCGGAGAUGGGGGCGUACGUGGUGUUGCUCGAGUACAACGACAUCGAGGGGAUGAUUCUCCUGUCGGAGCUGUCUCGCCGGCGUAUCCGGUCGAUCAACAAGCUCAUCCGGGUUAACCGAAACGAGGUGGCCAUGGUGCUGCGUGUCGACAAAGAGAAGGGUUACAUCGACUUGUCGAAGCGGAGGGUGAGCCCGGAGGACGUGGCGAAGUGCGAGGACCGAUACAACAAGGCGAAGGCGGUGCACAGCGUGCUGCGCCACGUCGCCGACCUGAGGGGCCUCGUGCUCGAGGACCUCAGCACGAAGGUCUCCUGGCCGCUGUACAAGAAGUACGGGCACGCCUUCGACGCGUUCAAGCUCACGCUGCAGGACGAAGAGGACGUGUUCGUGGGGCUGGACAUCGACGAGGAGACCAAGCAGGCGAUGAUCACGCACAUCAAGCGCCGGUUGGCACCGCAGCCGAGCAAGCGUUCGACUUUGCGGCACACGCUGUACCUGCCGUUGUUCCGUCCAAGCGGUAUUUGGUGGCUGAGCAUUUGGUGCUGCUGUAAGAUGGCACAUCAGACGAAAUUAUCUUAA